GGCUUUCCGGGGGGGGGGGGAGACCAUGCGUUUUGGGCUGAAAGGACGACCGGAGCCUCACGUUAUUUCGUUUCCUUAUCUCUGAUUUUGGAUUUUCUUUUUUUUUCUUCUUUUUUUUUUUACCCUUCCCCACCCUCCCCCUUACACCCCCCCGUCUACUCCUUUUCACCCAAUCUCUGACGCGCAAGGACACUACAGCAUCGCUCCACGGCAGAAAAACGCGCACAUAGAGCCUCCUCUGUACAGACGCACCACCACCACCCUCCUUCUUUCCUACCUUCCUUCCUUCCUUCCUUCCACUCUGCCGUUUUCGGUAUCUAACCCAGAGGACAUCGGGACCUCUUCUCCACCCCCCACCCCCCACACCCCACCCCCUCACUUUCAACCCGGAGACAUGGAUCUAUGGUUUCAUUCGAUCCGGAUUUGCUGGUGGAGGGUUUUGUUCCUGAUGAGUGUUUUCCAGGACUACCUGAGCUCCAUGCUGGACUGCCCGCCGACCUGCAGCUGCUCUCAAACAGAGAUCUACUGCAAUAAGUCCGACAACGGCAGGUUUUUCCCUUUGCUCGCCCUGCAAGACACCGGGACCAAUGGGACCACUGUUGACAUCGCAGAGUUAUUCAAAAACAUCUCCUCUAUACACAUAGAGAACUGGACGGGGCUGCAGACCCUGAGAGACGUCGACAUGGAGCUCUACACUGGACUGCAGAGACUAACCAUCAUGAACUGCAACCUGAGGGCGAUCCAGGCUCGAGUGUUUGCUCAGAACCCACACCUACGCUACAUAAACUUGUCGAAGAACCCUCUCGGCACGCUGUCAUGGCAGCUCUUCCAGCACCUCCAACUCUCCGAGCUCCGCCUGGACGGAGUUGUGUUCGACUGUGGCUGCGACAUCCGCUGGAUCCAGCUGUGGCAGCAGAGAGGGGAGGCCGGGCUGCACACGCAGCAGCUGUACUGCAGGAACGGAGCCUCCAAGAUACGACUGCACAACAUGUACAUCCACAACUGCGAUUUACCAGAGAUCAGUGUGAGCCACAGCAGCGUGUUGGUGAUGGAGGGCGACAACGUGACGGUGAGCUGCAAUGGUUCUGGAUCACCGCUUCCUGAGGUCGACUGGACCGUCGCCGGCCUGAACUCCAUAAACACGCACCUGUCCAAUGUGUACUGGCCCAACGUCCACUCCAUCAACCUGACGCUGUUCAACAUCAGCCGAGAUGACAACAACUUCCAGCUGACCUGCAUCGCUGAGAACGUGGUGGGGAUGACCAACUCCUCCAUCCAGCUGAACGUACAAUUUCCUCCGAUCAUCCUGAGACUGGCUGAGCCCGAGCAGCGACACGAUACCUGCAUUGAGUUCACGGUUAGAGGCUACCCGCAUCCCAAGCUGCGCUGGUUCUACAAGCAAAAGGAGAUCCUCCAGAACAACUACAUCCGGACCGAGAUGGACUUCUAUCAGGACUACCUGGAGGGCUGCCUGACCUUCCAGAACCCAACGCACAUCAACAACGGCAACUACACCCUCGAGGCCAGCAACCCUUUAGGAACGGUCGCCAAGACGGUGUACGGUCACUUCCUCGUGGCGCCGGACAUGGAAGACAUAGUGGAAAUUGUUACUUCCACACCGUCAGAUGGUGAUGUGGGCCGACCAGAUGAAGACACUUUUGGGGUUUCCAUCGCCGUGGGUUUGGCGGGCUUCGCUUGCGUCCUCCUCCUCGUCAUUUUUGUUCUCAUCAACAAAUACGGCCGGCGCUCCAAAUUCGGUAUGAAAGGUCCAGUAGCUGUGAUCAGUGGUGAGGAAGACUCUGCCAGCCCUCUUCAUCACGUCAACCACGGGAUUAUAACCCCCUGCACUCUGGAUGCGGGUCCUGAUGCGGUCGUCAUAGGGAUGACUCGUAUUCCUGUGGUGGAGAAUCCUCAGUACUUCAGACACGGACACAAUUGCAACAAGCCAACCACCCUCCAGCAUAUAAAGCGGAGAGACAUCAUCCUGAAGAGGGAGCUGGGCGAAGGAGCAUUCGGGAAGGUCUUCUUGGCAGAGUGCUACAACCUCAGCCCCACCAAGGACAAGAUGCUAGUGGCUGUCAAGACCCUGAAAGAUCCCAACCUGUCGGCACGGAAAGACUUCCAGAGGGAAGCCGAGCUGCUGACCAAUCUGCAGCACGACCACAUCGUUAAGUUCUACGGCGUCUGCGUGGACGGAGACCCUCUCAUCAUGGUGUUCGAAUACAUGAAGCAUGGAGACCUGAACAAGUUCCUCAGAGCCCACGGCCCGGACGCCAUGAUCCUGGUAGAUGGACAGCCACUGCAGUCCAACGGAGAACUGGGUCUUUCCCAGAUGCUGCACAUCGCCACGCAGAUCGCCUCGGGCAUGGUCUACCUGGGCUCCCAGCACUUUGUCCACAGAGACCUGGCAACCCGUAAUUGUCUUGUGGGCAAUGGCCUGCUCGUCAAGAUUGGAGACUUCGGCAUGUCCAGGGACAUCUACAGCAGUGACUACUACAGGGUUGGAGGACAUACCAUGCUACCGAUUCGCUGGAUGCCCCCGGAGAGCAUCAUGUACAGGAAGUUCUCCACGGAAAGCGACGUAUGGAGCUUCGGAGUCAUCUUGUGGGAGAUCUUCACCUAUGGGAAGCAGCCUUGGUUUCAGCUGGGUAACAACGAGGUUAUUGAGUGCAUAACCCAGGGUCGCGUUCUGGACAGGCCACGGAUUUGUCCUAAAGAGGUGUACGACAUCAUGCUGGGCUGCUGGCAGAGGGAACCGCAGCAACGACUGAACAUUAAGGACAUUCAGAAGGUCCUGUUUGCCAUGGGGAAAGCCACGCCGGUCUACCUGGACAUCCUGGGCUAGCAGUGGUCCGUUCAUCGCCAGUCAAAGCGAAACGACAGAGACAUACUGACAGACGGACCAACGCUAAUCCAGGAAUAACCAAACCAACCUACUCCACUGUCGAAAAACACCUACAAUGUUUGGGAAGGACUUAAGUGCCUGCAACACUUUUGGAUAUAGUGGAUAUAAUGUAUUCAAAAAAACAAAAAAAAAAACACGCACUUUUACAUUUUGUUUACUUGCGUAUAAGAUGUACAGGUUUGAAGAAGACAUUUUUUUUCCUCAAAAUGGCAAAAAUACACAAAAAUGGAGACAAAAAGGGGAGUACAGUGGACUGGCAACAGGAAAAUGACCAGAGUUUGAUUAUAUCAUUGAGAGAACUCAUCAGAAUUAAAAUCUAUCCUGGGUUUGGUUUUAUUGAGAUAUAUAUAGAAAUAUUACAUAUAUUUUAUAUUUAUUUCUUUUUGUCAAGAUGCUGAAGGGGUCUACCGUUUGUGAUGCGAAUGGCUCGGCCCUGUCUGGAGACGUCACCGACAAACUAUUGGCAGGGACUUGACAAUUGUAGCCUUACUUGCGCUCUGAUUGGCCGGCACUGAGCUUUUAACGGGAACUCCGCUUCGGCGGGAUAACACUGGAAGAUUGAAAUUAAAGAAGCGUGCGGACCUACCCAAUCAGACAACCAACAAAUCUAUUUUAAUUUAAAAAAAAAGAAAUGUAUAUAUUGUAAAUUCUAUGUGUCAAAAUUAUGUUAACUUAUUUUUUGGGGUUGUUAUUUCGGUUCCUUUUCUGACUGUGACCUGGGUGGCUUGAGUAAAAAGCUAUGGUGUUUGUUUUCAUCCUAAUCAAGAGGAGGUUUGACUUGUUCCUGUGCUGGUAAGUUCUCUUUUGUGGUGAAGGUGAAAAGCGGUGAAUACGGUGCGAGAAGUCAGCCGGCACCGGAUCACUGAGCCUGUGGAGAACGGGAGACGCCGUCAACACGACACUUUUCCACAAAACGGUGAUCGAGCCUCACGUUCACUUUCCAGUUCAUUAGCUUAUUCGCGCCAUGAAUAAUGCGUUGCUGCGUGAUAUCUAUCCCUGACCCCUCCAACACCUACAUGCGCUUUGAGAAACUUUUGUGAACAUUUUGGUGUGAAACUGCUUUUCCACUCAAAAGAAAACAAAUGGGUUUUUUUGGCUAAACAUACACGACCUAAGAAAAUCCAUAACGCAAAGGAAUAGGAUUUGGGGAAAUGCGCUUAUUCCCUUUUCAGCUGAGAGUAAUUUGAGGAGAUAGAAAAGCCUCUGCUAUCUGUCAGACACUUAGCAUUCAGAGUAGAAACAGGGAAAUAGCCGCGCUCUAUCGAAAGGGGAAAUAAUUCCACCUCGCGGCACCUCUGAAGCUAACGUUACACCGUCAGCCCAGCUGACCGGCUGUGAGCUGCAGCCUCGUAUUUACUGUACAGACUCAAGAGUUGCAUUGAUCCUCCCACCUAAAUGUAUAGAACACGUCCCCAAAAAUAAAACCGUCCAUUCCAAACAUUUAAGCUCCCAAAGUGAUCACACGGUCGCUUCACGGGGCCUGAGAAAAGAAACGUGCCCCCCACCCCCCUCACGCGUUCCAUUUAGCACAACAACAAACCGAUUAAUUGUUCUGUUCUGAUUUGUUCUCAUGCACUGUACAUGACCCGCAGCGUCUCUCCUCUUCCUUCGCACUCGAGGCCUCUGCAUGUUUAGCAAUGAUGAGGCUCCGCACGCGUCUGUCGCUUUGAUUAAAAAAAAAAAAAAACUCCCCCGAUACAAACAGGGAGGAACGAGUGAAGCAGGUUGACACUCGUGUUCAGUAAUAAUCACUGAAGUGGAUCAGCUGACUGUGUGGUAUUUCGCCUUCCAUAUUUUUGAUUAUUACGGUAUUUAACAAACUGAAAUUCUGAAGAGUUUUUUUCCAAAAUGUGGAAACACAAUCCCCGAAAAGCUUGAAGGCAAAAAAAAGAGAAAAAAAACUAAAAAAAAAUUAAAUUAAAUGGCUUCUUAUGAUUUGUUCAUAAUCAAGUGCUCGAAAGGAGUUCAUUGUUACAGAGUGGAUUCUGUCGAUUUCUGAAUGAUUAAACUCAGGCAACGAUUUUAUUUUAUGUUGUAUCUGGAUGUACAACAUUUUGGAGUGGAACUCUUCACAUCACUUCCUCGUUACCCCGACAUGAAUUCUCACGUAAUCACUAUUUGUCUCUCUUCCCCUCGGGACUAUGUAAAUCAUUAAUGAAUAUUCAGUUACUAUUCAAGUAUUUUAUAUGAAAGGCAGCAUCAAAUCCAACGAGUUACCCAAAGCUUUGAGUUUUUGUGUAUUCCCUUGUGGUAAAGAUAAACGCUUAAAGACAUCAUGACACUGGCCGUAAGCAUUUGCAGGGUGUUGUAAUCCUUUCAUGGUGAGUUGAAUAUUGUUUGAAAAGAUUUUUUGUUUCUUGUUUUCUUCGAUGAACUAACUGAACACUUUUUAAAGCAAAGUUGGCAUAUGUACACAUGUUACAGAAUAUAAAAAUGUGGUAUAACAACUGCAGUAUAUAAAAUACUGGUAUUCCAUGAUAGAUCUUUGUAUUAUUGUGACUCUCUUAAGAAAAUGUCUUCAAACAAUCA